AUUGUACAUGUUAUGUUACAAUUAGAAGGGAUGUUAUUUUACAAUUAGAAGGCAUGUUAUGUGAUAUAAAUGGAUGAAAUGCCAAAAGGUGGACAACAUGGACAGCAUGCUCGGAUAUGUGUUGGUGGCGUUUUUAGCCCUGGCGGUGUUGUUUAUUCCUCAGGAGUGGUCCGUGAACGUUACAUUUAGGAUGCCAUCAGACCCAGGGCCCUCUGUGAGGCUCCUGAGCCGGCUUGAGUUAUCACUGUACGACGGAGAGGAAGGCAGCAAGGGCCUUUAUCUGGCCAUACUGGGGCAGGUUUUUGAUGUACAGAAGGGACACAAGCACUAUGGACCUGGUGGUGCUUAUCACUGCAUGGCAGGCAAAGAUGCAUCACUGGCCUUCAUCACUGGGGACUUCACAGAAAGUGGCCAGACAGAUGAUGUGUCCAGUCUGUCCCCGUUGCAGGUGAUGGCCCUCUAUGACUGGCUGGCCUUCUAUCAGAGGGACUACAACAGUGUAGGUCUGUUAACGGGCCGGUUCUACAGCAAGACCGGGAAGCCCACGGCGGCCCUGCUGCUGGUAGGAGAAUCACUAGCAGAGGGCCAGCUAAUCAAGGCCCAGUCUGAGGCUGAGAAGGUACACUUCCCUGCCUGCAACUCAGAGUGGAGCGCUGCCAGGGGAGGAAGAGUCUGGUGCUCCACUAAGAGUGGUGGAGUGGAAAGAAGCUGGACGGGUGUCCCGCGGAAGCUCUUCUCUCCAGGCUCCAGUGGUGUUCGUUGUGUCUGUGUUGAAGACCCGUCUGCAGCAGAGGAAGACCCCAACCUGCAGAUAUAUGACUGCUGCCCUCCAGAUGCUGACUCAUGCUCUGUUAAAGAGUUCUAGUCUCUGGGCCAGCCCAGGAAAUGGACCUAUUCACGGCCUGCUUUUCAGCAGCACAACACUCAGGGAAUUUUAACUUAUUCACCAUUAAAAGGAAGAAAAGACAAAGCA